AUGGGCUUUGAUGGGGUUCUGGUGGUGGACGCGGUUGGCUUCCCUAGGGGGAUAUGGCUACUAUGGGACUCCUCUAUAGUGCAUAUCGUAGAAGCUGGGCGAUCAUCUCAAUUCCUCCUUGUUAGAGGAAAGAUAGGAGCUACUGAAUGGUACUUUACGACAGUAUAUGGUAGCCCUACCCUCGUGCAACAUGGAGCCCUUUGGGACUCUCUUCGUGACAUUGCUACCAACAUGUCCAACCCGUGGCUGCUUUGCGGAGAUUUCAACUCCCUACUACAUGCGUCAGAGAAAUUUGGAGCAGUGGAUUUUGAUGCAAGCUGCGUACGGGAAUUUCAAGAUUGCCUUCUAGAUACGAGACUCAUUGACUUGCAAUUCACUGGCCCCUUGUUCACUUGGUUCUGA